UUGCCUUGUGCUAGCAAAUACUGUAUCAUAUUUUUUUGUGAAAGUGUUACGAAGAGCCAACAAAGGGGUUGGCUCUUUAUACCCCGUCCUGUCUGUCACUAAGUUGUUGUUCGGAAAUGUAUAGGGCUGCUGGUUGCAAUUAGCCAAGUUAUCGUUCCAUUUGAGAGGGGUUACAUUUGAAAGCUCGCCGCCUGGGACAAGGAGCUCGCGCUCUGCCUCUGCCUUACCCACGAUGGCGACCCAAGAAGCGGACAUGUCGCGGCGCAGUAUGAGGCUGGUUUUAGGGGGAUACUACCACCAGUCAUCAGACGAUGAUGAGUCCUCCUCAGUUUCCUACAGGGAGAGCCCCGUGAGGGUUUUUACUAAGAGGAAGACAGGUGGUCGUAAAGUGGCGGCCUCUCGUACCUCCAGCCGAGCCAACAGCGUGGCUAGCACCACUAGCAGCAAGGGUAGUACAGUGGAGCCACCCAUCAAUGCUGAGGACUACAUUGGGGUCUCAAGCUUGGUUCAGAGGAGGAAGACCUUCCAGGAACCUCGUGCCCCAGCCCCCAGCCUGAACCUGGCUCCUAGCCCCAGGGGCUUCUCGUCCUGCCAGACCGGCCUGAACCAGGCCCGGAGCAGCGCCAUAGACAGCUCUGGUUACUCCUCAUCAGAGGCAAGACGUUACAGAGGAUACUCUGGAGACUCCUCCUUAGGCGAACAAAGGGUUAGCGCCAGCCAGAGAUCUGGCACUAACAGGACAAGUGCUAGUGCCAAUUGGACCCCUCCGUUUAUCCCGGCCGAUGUGAGGAAGGCCAUUCUAAUUGCCAUCCUCCUCAUCCUCUUGACCUUCGGCUGCUGGCACCUUGCCCCCUUGGUAUGGGCCACCCUGACUUCAGCCCUGAAUGCUAUCACUAUGACCCUGAACCGAGCUGUCAUCACCCCGACUCCGCCACCUGUCUUCACUACGCCACCUGUCUUCACUCCGCCUGUCAAGGCUAUGGAUGGAGCUUCGGUAUUUCAUUCUGCUCUGGAAGCCAAGAUGAACACCAUCCUGAGAGAAAUAGAAAUUCUUAAGAAGGAAGACAAGCAGAAAUUUGUAACCGAGAUGGUAGAGAGACUGCAGACAGACUUGGCAGACGUGAGAACAGACAUGAGGGACGUCAGAGUGAGAGUGGACAGUGUGAAUCCACUGGAUUGGGAGCAUCGUUUGAGCCAGCAGACAGCCGGCUUCACCAGUCAGGUGGGCGAGCUGAAGGACCAACACACACACGUCAGGCAGAGAGUCGCUGCCCUGGAGGACCAGAGUGCCACGCUGGGGAAGCAGGUCUACUCUGUUCAAAACCAGCCUCCUCCAGCUCCCAACCCCACCACAGCCAACACACACCUGACCCCUGAGCUCGAAGAGGCCAUGGCCAAAUGGCUGCAUGAGAAUGUGCCCCAGAAUGAGCCACAGAUGGUGAAAGAGGUUGUGAAGAACUGCAGUCCCCUAUUGGCUGACAGGAUGCCAGACUUUGCCUUGGAGUCCCAAGGUGCCAGUGUUGUGAGCACACGGUGUUCCGAGACGUACCGUACCCGCUCGGCAUGCGUGUCCUUCCUGGGUGUACCCCUCUGGUACCCCUCUGAGAACCCCCGCACUGUUAUCCAGGGCCAGGCGGUGCAAGCUGGGAAGUGCUGGGCGUUCCACGGAGCGCAGGGCACCCUGGUCAUCGCCCUAUCUCAUCCUGCCCACGUCACCCACGUCACACUGGAGCACCUGCCGGUCUCCAACGCGCCCACCGGACGCAUCGACAGCGCGCCCAAGGCCUUCUCUGUCUACGGUAUGUCCACUGAGACAGAAGACGGCACCUGGCUGGGAACCUUCACUUAUGACCAGCACGGAGGGGCAAUCCAGACCUUCCAACUGCCUAACCCUACCAGGGCCAUCUAUUAUUUCGUGGAGCUGCGCGUUCUGAGUAACUGGGGUCACCUGGAGUACACAUGCGUGUACCGCUUCCGUGUGCACGGACACAUGGCCUCCUCCUCCAAGUGAGAGGCGUUCACCGUCCACCUCAACCGCAGACCUCCGAGGCUUCGCUUUCAUAUCGGAGCAACAUUCUUUUUGCAUCUCAACAUUAUGACGGACCAUUCUAAAUAAAUGUAUUUAUUUGGCGUAAUCAGGAUGGCUUCCUAAACUGGCUUCUGCUGGGUGUGAGGUCAGAGGUCAGCAGGGGUUUAAGUUACAAUUUGCAGUUUCAUUUCUGGAAGAGGUAUUGACGUGGCUAAUAAGAGUGUGGGGAUGAGUUUUUGAGAGUUUCAAAUUGAACUGUUUCUGUGCGUGUGUAUGCUUUUGAGCAUCGAUUAUUUGUUUGCAUUUUAACGCCCGGCCACAGCGGACAAAGAUUUCAGAUUGUACUUUGAAUGUGUGUUUAUGACAAUUCCUCCUGUGUUACUGGGCUCUUAUUUUGUUUAAUUUUAUCUGUCUUAAAAUUAUAUACAAAGGUUUAAUUAUGGUUAAAAAGAACGUUGUUGGAUGUAUAUUUUGCAAGUAUCAAGAUGUAUUGUUCAUGUAUUUUAUUAGUACGAUAAGAAUUGGAUGUAAAAUGCUUGUAAAUGACUUUUCUGUUGGUCUGAAUGGUUAAGUCUCGACGCACCUUGCCAAUAGGCUUCCUAUUACAGGAUGAACUAUAUGAUUGUAGAUGCUUUCUACUUUGCAUUUGGUAAUGCACUGGUGUUUCAAUGUCCUUUAUAAUAAUAGAGACUAGAGAGAAAUAGACAGGCGCACAGAGGUUGCAACGUAUUGUCUUUUACAUGUAAUAAUUUUUUUAAACCCUUUUUUCCCAAUUUCAUGGUAUCUAAUUGGUAGUUACCGUCUUGUCUCAUCG